AUGGCUAAAGAGUACCUAAAGUUAGUCAUGCUUCUACUUGUCUUGACUCACCAUGUUGAUCCAGCCUCUAUCAUCAGGUCUCUUCCUGGUUUUGAAGGUCCACUUCCUUUCGAGCUUGAAACCGGAUACAUUGGUGUUGGCGAGGCAGAGGAAGUUCAAUUAUUUUACUACUUCAUCAAAUCUGAGAGGAAUCCAGAAGAAGACCCUCUUCUAAUCUAUUUGACUGGAGGACCUGGUUGUUCUUCUCUCAAUGGUUUUUUACAGGAGAAUGGGCCUCUGGCAAUCAAGACAGAUGGUUACAACGGAGGCAUCCCUUCCUUGGUCACUACUACAUACUCAUGGACAAAGGUGGCAAGCAUAAUUUAUAUAGAUCAGCCUGUUUGGACUGGUUUCUCCUACUCAAGAACUCCACUUGUUGAUAUACCAAGUGACACAGGAGUAGCUAAGACUGUCCAUGAGUUUCUUCAAAAGUGGCUUGGCAAGCAUCCAGAUUUUGUUUCUAAUCCUUUCUAUGUCUGUGGAAAUUCUUAUUCUGGUAAGGUUGUUCCGGCAAUUGUUCAAGAAAUCUCCAGAGGAGAUCCGCUAACAUACACUGAUCAAGAUCAUAACUACCAGAUUCCAUUUGCUCAUGGAAUGGCAUUGAUUUCUGAUGAACUCUACGAGGGAAGUAUAAGAGAAUGGAGACGGUGUGAUGUAGAUAUUCCUUACAAGAAGGAUAUUAUAAGUAGUGUACCAUACCAUAAGAAUAACAGUAUCAAUGGUUACUCAUCUUUAAUCUUCAGCGGUGAUCACGAUAUGGAAGUACCUCCUCUAGCAACUCAAGCAUGGAUUAGAUCUCUUAAUUAUUCGAUAAUUGACGAUUGGAGACCAUGGAUGAUAAACAAUCAAGUUGCUGGAUACACUAGAACAUAUGCUAACAAGAUGACAUUUGCCACUGUCAAAGGAGGUGGACACACUAUGGACUUUAAACCAAUGGAAAGCUUUAUAAUGUUCCAAAGGUGGAUAAGUGGCCAACGUAUAUAA